GCGAGUGAGGAAGUGAGCAAGUUUCUAUAUCCUGGUUUCCAUGGCCUCAGGACUCUAGGUUCUGGUUCCUAGAAGUGGUAUUGUGCAGAAUACGAAUGGUAUUCGUGCGACAGAUUACGUAGCCCUCUUUGUGUAGGGUUUCUAGCUCCGCAUUUGAGCACAUCGUUUGUACCGCCGUGUUCGUAGCUUCAGCUUAGUGACUAGGAGGCCGCCAGCUGACAGAAAGCAGUAUGGCAGCCGAUUCGAGCGAGGACGAGUAUAUUCCCGAGGAGGCGACAGCAAAGUCCGCAUCAGCUAAGAAACGCAAGGCACCGGGCACUCCAAGAACCACUAAGAAAGCAGCUCGCACCACCACCGCUUCGCCAGUACCCGUUCCCCCAACGGACGCACCGCACGGACCGCUAGAAUCCCCUAAUACCACCGUCGGUUCGGAUGGGAAGACGAUCGAGGAGACGUACCAACGAAAGACGCCGCUAGAGCACGUGCUCCUGCGACCCGACACGUACAUAGGCUCGGUGCAGACGCACGUCGGUCCGCAGUGGGUGUGGGAACAGGGUCGGAUGGUGCACAGGGAGGUUCGGAUGGUUCCGGGGCUGUAUAAGAUCUUCGACGAGAUUCUGGUGAACGCGGCGGAUAACAAGCAGCGCGACCCGACGAUGGAUGCGAUAAAAGUGACCAUUGAUACUGCCAAGAAUAAGAUCCAGGUGUGGAACAACGGGAAAGGAAUUCCGGUGGAGGUGCACGCGAAGGAGGGGUGCUACGUGCCGGAGCUGAUCUUCGGCCACCUGCUCACGAGCAGCAACUACGAUGACUCGGCGCGCAAGACCACGGGCGGCCGCAACGGGUACGGCGCGAAGCUCGCGAAUAUCUUCUCCACGGAGUUUGUGGUCGAGACGGCGGACGGCAGCCGGCAGAAGAAGUACAAACAGGUCUUUUCGAAGAACAUGAGCGUCAAGAAGGUCCCAGUGAUCAAGGACUGCAAGCCCACCGACAAUUUCACCUCCAUCACCUUCUUCCCUGACUUAGCCAAAUUCGGCCUCUCCUCUCUGGACGCUGACCACGUGGCACUGAUGAGCCGACGUGUCGUUGACGUGGCAGGCUGCCUGGGGAAAUCCGUCAAGGUUUCACUCAACGGCACGCGCGUCCCUGUGAAGUCGUUUGCGGAUUAUGCGGGGUUGUACCUCGCGCCUCCCCCUCUCCCCACCCCGCAACCCCCUGCCACGCCGCCGUCGUCUGGGGAAGGGGAGAGCGGCGAGGGCGGAGGGGAGGGGGCAGGGGCGGAAGGAGUGUCUGCAGCAGGAGCAGCUGCAGCGGCAGCAGCGGCAGUAGCAGCGGCUGCGACUACUGCCGCUGCUGCGGCUCACCCUCCACACGAGAAGCUCCCAAGGAUUCACGAGAGGGUCAACGAUAACUGGGAGGUGUGUGUGUCCACCAGCGACGGGCAGUUCCAACAGGUCAGCUUCGUGAACGCCAUAGCGACCACUCGCGGAGGCACGCACGUGAACAUGGUAUCAGAGCAGAUCGUGCGGUACCUGCUGGACAAGGCACAGAAGAAGGCGGCUAGUGGCAAGCACGGGUCUGCCAGCGGCGCUGCUGCCAUCAAGCCGCACCAGGUGCGCAGUCAGCUGUGGGUGUUUAUCAACUGCCUGGUCGUCAACCCGGCCUUUGACUCCCAGACCAAGGAGACGCUCAACACGCGCCCCUCUGACUUCGGCUCCAAGUGCCACCUCUCAGAAGACUUCCUCAAGAAAGUCGCUGCCAAGUGCGGCAUAGUGGAGCAUCUGCUGUCCCUGGCGGCGCACAAGCAGUCUAAGGACCUGAAAAAAAGCGAUGGCAGCAAGAGGCAGCGGGUGUCGGGCAUUGUGAAGCUGGACGACGCCAACGAGGCUGGCGGCAGGAAUGCGGAGCACUGCACGCUCAUUCUCACGGAAGGAGACUCGGCCAAGACUCUGGCGGUGUCUGGCUUGAGUGUGGUGGGGCGUGACCGCUACGGCGUGUUUCCCUUGAGGGGCAAGCUGCUGAAUGUGAGGGAUGCAUCUCACCGGCAGAUGAUGGAGAACUCGGAGAUUGGGCACCUGAAGCAGAUCCUGGGGCUGCAGCACGGGAAGAGCUACGAGAGCGUUAAAGCGCUGCGAUACGGGCACCUGAUGAUCAUGACAGACCAGGACCACGACGGUUCUCACAUCAAGGGGCUUCUCAUCAACCUCCUCCACUCCUGCUGGCCGUCCCUCCUCAAGCACCUCUCCUUCCUGAUCACAUCACUGCUCACCCCAACCUUUUUCCUGUCCCCCCCGACCCAUGCCCAUUCCACCCACCAGGACCACGACGGUUCUCACAUCAAGGGGCUUCUCAUCAACCUCCUCCACUCCUGCUGGCCGUCCCUCCUCAAGCACCUCUCCUUCCUCAUCACAUCACCGCUCACCCCAACCUUUUUCCUCUCCCCCCCGACCCAUGCCCAUUCCACCCACCAGGACCACGACGGUUCUCACAUCAAGGGGCUUCUCAUCAACCUCCUCCACUCCUGCUGGCCGUCCCUCCUCAAGCACCUCUCCUUCCUCAUCACAUCACCGCUCACCCCAACCUUUUUCCUCUCCCCCCCGACCCAUGCCCAUUCCACCCACCAGGACCACGACGGUUCUCACAUCAAGGGGCUUCUCAUCAACCUCCUCCACUCCUGCUGGCCGACCACGACGGACCACGACGGUUCUCACAUCAAGGGGCUUCUCAUCAACCUCCUCCACUCCUGCUGGCCGUCCCUCCUCAAGCAUCCCUCCUUCCUCCGCGAAUUCAUCACCCCAAUCGUCAAAGCCACCGGCCCCAGGGGCCGCACCCUCUCCUUCUACACCAUUCCUGAGUACGAGGCUUGGAAGCGGACCUUAGGCUCGGGCGCGAGGCAGUGGAAGGUGAAGUACUACAAGGGGCUGGGCACGAGCACGCCCAAAGAGGCCAAGGAGUAUUUCGCCCAGCUGGACCGCCACAGGAAGGACUUUGAGUGGCGGGGGGAGGGCGAUGGGGAGAGGAUCGAGAUGGCGUUUAGCAGGAAGGCCGUGGACGCAAGGAAGCAGUGGCUGCGCUCGUAUGAGCCCGGGACCUAUUUGGACCAGACGGCGCAGCGGAUCAGCUACAGCGACUUCGUGGACAAGGAGCUGAUCCUGUACUCCCUGGCGGACAACAUGCGCUCCAUCCCCUCCGUGGUGGAUGGCAUGAAGCCGGGGCAGCGCAAGAUCAUGUUCGCAUGCUUCAAGCGCAACCUGCACUCCGACAUCAAGGUGGCCCAGCUGGCGGGGUAUGUGUCGGAGCAUGCGGCGUACCACCACGGGGAGCAGAGUCUGAUGAGCACCAUCGUGAACCUCGCACAGGACUUCGUUGGCAGCAACAACGUCAACCUUCUGGUGCCGUCAGGGCAGUUCGGCACGCGUCUGCAGGGCGGCAAGGACGCUGCGAGCCCCAGGUACAUCUACACGCGCCUGCACAGGCUGACACGUGUCAUCUUCCCAUUGGCGGAUGACGCCCUGCUGGAGUAUCUGGACGACGACGGGCAGCGCAUCGAGCCCAAGUGGUACGUGCCCAUCCUCCCCAUGGUGCUGGUCAACGGCAGUGAGGGCAUCGGCACGGGGUGGAGCUCCUACGUGCCCACAUUCAACCCCAGGGACGUGGUUGCCAACCUCAAGAGGCGCAUGCGGGGCGAAGCCAUGCUGCCCAUGCAUCCCUGGUUCCGAGGCUUUAAGGGUUCCAUCCAGCUGACGUCAGCACGGCAGGGAGGAGGCAACUCGUACACCGUGACAGGUGUCGCAACGCGACUGGCCGGCGGGCGGAAGGGCGAGCAGCAGGGAGUGAAGGGAGUGACAGGUGUGACUGUAACGGAGCUGCCCAUUCGCACGUGGACCCAGACUUAUAAGGAGUUUCUGGAAGGGUUGAUGGGGGGAGGUGGGGGUGGUGGGGGGGAGGGAGGGGGUAAGUCGGUGCUGAUUAGGGAUAUGAGGGAGCAUCAUACCGACACCUCGGUGCAUUUUGAGCUGGAGUUUACAGCGGAAGGGGCGGCGUAUUUCAUGGGAGAGGGCGGAGCAGUGGGAGGGAGGGCGGGGAGGGGAGGUGCUGCAUCCUCUGCUGCUGCCACUGCUGCUGCUGCAACAGCAGCGGCAGCUGCAGCAGCUGGUGGUUCUGCUGGGGUAGAUGCUCCCCAGGCUCAUCAUGAGGGUGAGGAUUCUGAAGAGGCUGCGAGAUCGCCAGGGAAUGGAGAUGUAGGGGAAGGCAUGGCGAGGAGGGAGAGGGAGGAGAGGAGGGAGCGGGCACAGAGAGCAGUGAUGGAGAAGCGGCUGAAGCUGACGACGACCAUGAACACAGGCAACAUGCACCUGUUUGACGCAGAUGGGCGCAUGAAGAAAUACGACAGCCCGGAACAGAUCAUUGAGGAUUUCUUCAGCAUCCGCCUGGGGCACUACGAGAGGCGCAAGGCGCACCAGCUGGCGCAGCUGCGGCACGAGCUGCUGCGGUUGGACAACCGAGCUCGCUUCGUGAUGGCGGUGAUCCGAGGCGAGGUGGUCAUCACCAACCGGAAGCAGGCUGACAUCGUUGCACAGCUCAAGGCCCGUGGCUUCACCCCCCUCCCCAAGGGCCACGCUGCCGCCCCUGUGGUGGUUGCUGACGUGGACCCUGGCAGCAACGACGUCAGCACAGAGGAGGUUGACGUGGAGAUGGAAGAUGCUGCGACGCCAGCAGGGAGAAACACAGGGGGGGGAGGAGCGAGGAAGGGGGGCGCUGGGGCUUCUAAAAACGCACCGUCAGCAGCAGCAGCAGCAGCAGGAGCAGCAGGAGCAUCAGCAGCAGCGUUCGAGUAUCUGUUAGGCAUGCCCCUGUGGAGUCUGACGUGGGAGCGAGUGGCGCAGUUGGAGAGGGAGAGGAGGGGCAAGGAGGAGGAGGUGGUGGUGCUGGAGGCUACCUCGCCCAUGCAGCUGUGGGAGAGAGACCUCGACCUGUUCCUGGAGACACUCGAGGAGGUGGAGGCAGAGGCAGCAGAGGAGGAGAGGGAGAGGGAGCGAGCGGCCAAUCAGCACAAGGCACGUGGCAGGAACGCAGGAAGGAAGGGCGGCAAGCAGCAGCAGGCAGGGGGGGCCAGGGGAAAGAAAGCAGGGGUGGCAGCUGGGGGAGGGGCAGCUGGGGGAGGGGGAGCGGGGGGCAGAGGGAAAGCGAAGGGGGAAGUUGGAGGAGGCUUGGGGGCUCAGGUCUCAGGUUUGGGGGAUGGGGAAGGGCAGAGGGGAGACAAGGCUCAGGGAAUAGGUGCAAGGGUUGGAGAGGGACAGGGGAAGCAAAAGGCGAAGCAGCAGACGCUGCUUGGAACAAUGUGGGGGAAGGGGAAGGGGCUGGGAGGUACAGCAGGGGGGUCUGGGAGGGAAGCUGGCACCUCCAGUACUGCUGCUACUGCUGCUGCUGCUGCAGAUGGUACUGGUGCUGCUGGUGGUGGUACUGGUGAUAGUGCCACUGCCGGUGUUGGUGUUGCUGCUACUGCUGGACAUGAUGUAGCGAGAGGAGGUGGGCCGCGGGAGGGAGGAGCAGAAAGCAGACCAGGGAGCGAUGUGAGCAGUGAGGAGGAGGAAGAGAAGAGGGAGGGGGAGGGGGUGGCUACUGAUGAGAGUGAGCAGAUGGACGAGGGAGAGGAUGGGAGUGGGAGUGGGAGCGAGGAGGAGGACGACGAGGACGAGGAAGAGGAUAGUGAAGAAGACAGUGACUUUGAGCCGACAGCAAAGACACGAGGCAAGGCAGCAGCACCCGUGGACACGCCAACCCCAGAACAGUCCACCCGCCGCCACUCCUCCCGCCUCACCCGCGCCCCAGCAGCAGCAGCAGCGACAGCAGCACCGACAGCAUCAGCCACACCAGCAGCGGGAGCAGCAGCGUCUUCUCGUGCUGCUUCUCCCCAGCAGUCAAACGGACAGACGGAUCCCCAGGCAGAGGGAGAUGCAGAAGAAGAUGCAGAGGUGGCAGGGGAAGAGGGGGGGACUAAUUCACAAGCAGAGGAUGAGGAGGAUGAUGUGAAUCCGUCACCGCCCAUGCCGCCGCCAUCGCCGGCAGCAGCAGCGGGCAUGGGGGAGUCACCGUCUGUGAUCGAGAUGACGUCAUCAGAUGAAGAGGGGGGGGUUGGCUUAGGGCCUGGAGGGGGGCUGCGUUUGGGCGAUCCGGUUUCGGAUGGAGGCAACACCAGCAGCAAUGGCACCACCAGUCCGAGUGCUACUUCUGACCCGUACUCCCUCCACGUUUCUCCCUCCCCGUCCCCACCACACUCCACCCCUCUCCACUCCUCUUCCACCCCCAACACACGUAAUCCCACCACCCCCAACCCCACAAGCAUAGCCACACCUGUCCCUGCCACCCCGCUUCCUCCACGCCGCACCACCCGCUCUGCUGCCACUACAACGCCACCCACUGCCGCUUCAGUAGUGCCACCCCCUGAAGCAGCAGCAGCAGCAGCAACCCCCCCCUUAGCCACAUCAGCCCGUCUUUCAGCAGCAAGUCCCCCUGCAACUGCAGCACCUGCUAGCAGUCCAGCGCUUGCCACUGCGGCAGCGCCUGCACCCACGGCAGCAGCUGCCAGGGUGCAGGCAUCUCUGAUGGAUGUGCUCAGAGGGGGCGGGGCACCAUCAGCGGCAGGUAGAGGAAGAGGUGGGGGAAGAGGACGAGGGGCAGGGGGGAGAGGGAGAGGGAGAGCAGGAAGUGAAGGACGGGGGAGAGGGAGAGGGGGAAGAGGAGGCAGGGGAGGAAGAAGCGGUGGUGCGGUGAAUGCUGAUGGGGGUGAAGCUGCAGGCAGAGGUGCACCGCGAGUGGAGGUGGUGGAUUUGGAAGAUUAAAUGCAUGUGACUAGGUAUAUCCUUACUGCUGCGGAUUUUCUGCCGCAUUUUGGUAUCAUAGGCCGGAACUGUGAACGGCUAUAAAGUGUCCCGUUUGUAAUUUUUAUACAGCUCUAAACCUUGUAUUGGGUACACUGCUCCAAUAAAUUUAUGUAUUGCAA